AGUCACAUAGGAAACAUUCAUUAAUUCAGUUUAAAUGUGUUUGUACCUUUCGUUCUCCCUCGUGUCGCUGCUGAUCUCCACUGAUGGAGGAGCCAUGUUCAGGGCGGAGGCCGCACACCCAACAGCCCAGGUGCAGGCAGAUGUUUCCCGCAGAGAGACGCGGACCCUGCCGCCGCCAUACCUGCAUCUCCCCGUGUUCCUGGACUCGAACCUGCCGCUGGUGCAGAAGGAGCACUUCUCCCCGGCCAGAGGCUCCAGGAAGGAGCCGCUACCCGAGGCCGUGCGGGGGCUCCUGAUCCCGGCGGCGCUGCCCGGCACCAGCCCCCCCAGCAUGACCGAACCCCCGGUGAAGACCUGGUGCUGGAGGAACAGGAUGCAUGUGCAGGUGGAGAGGAGCCUGCUGGGAACCGGGGAAUCCCAGCCGCAGCUCCGACUGGGAACGUGUCAGACCAGCAACUCUACCGAGGAACACCUUUACUUUGAUUACGACUUCGACACGUGUGGAACCAAACGCACCAUAGUUGACAACCAAGUGGCCUAUAUAAACACUCUACGAUAUGAGCCACCGAAGCUCCAAGGACCAAUCAGACGAGCCGUGCCCUUCACCCUGCCUGUGGCUUGUUAUUACAACAGGUACCAGUACUCCUACAAGAUUGGCUACAAACCAAAGAUGCAGAUGCGCAAGAUCUUCAAAUCCAUGAAGAACCGAGCCAAAUUCAGUCUGACUCCACGAAAUGCUCAGUGGGAAAGAAUUUCUCCGUCAGACCAGUACGUGCUCGGUAAGCCCAUGUACUUCGAGGCCGAGGCCCCGUCCAUGUCGGUGGACAAGAGACUGUACGUCCACUCGUGUUACGUGACCUCCGAUAAGUCCCAUACCUCCACGCUGCAGUUUCCAGUCGUGAAAAACUUUGGGUGUAUGGUUGAAAGCAAGGAGAGUCACUCAAGAUUCAUCCCGUACAAAAACAACGCUGUGAGAUUCAGCUUGGAUGCCUUCUUGUUCAAGGGAAUGAUGGACCAGCAGCUCUACAUGCACUGCGACAUGUCUGUGGGCAGUUCUGUGCCCUCGCCAACAGCCAAGUCCUGCAACUAUGACCUGAAAGCAAGAAGAUGGGUUGAACUGUUUGGAUCAGAUUCAGUUUGCAGCUGCUGCGACUCCAGCUGCCGCUCCACUGCGUCUCCAGAGACCAAAACAAUCAGCAGCAAACCGUGGACGAUAGAGCCUAAAGUGAAACCUACUGUUACCCCGAAGAGGAAGAGGCUUUCCACCACCGCCGCCGCCACCACCACCACCACCUCCUCCACCACAACAACAACAACAACGACAACAACAACUACAACUUCAACUACAACAGCACCACCUCAGCCAGAGACGACCAGAAAGGUGACUGAACGGAGCACGACACCACAGCCUGAAGAGAAAGCUUCUACUCAGAUGGGUAAGGUGGAGAACAAGGUGAAGGAGUGGCCCUUCGGAGGUGAAGGAGUGACGUGGGUUGAGAUGGAAGGUGAGGAGAGGCAGGUGAUGAAGGGCUCUGCUGUUGUGGAGGAAGAAAAGGAAGAAGAGGAGGAGAUGGCAGAGAAGAAGGAGGAGGUCAAAGAAUCACGCUCAAUAUUUGAAGAAAUCUUUGAUUUUGGGAAAUAAAGCUGACAUGAACAGCACGCGUGGCUUCAUUACACAACGCCAAGUGAGCUAAAAGCUCAAAUGUGAAGGUCUAUGGAAGUGUCUUAGGUGUUGAUGUUUCCUGCAGAAUCAUUGUUGAUGUACAAACUUGUCAUAGUAUGCCACAUGGCCUCAUCUCUUAAAAGGAAUAGAUCAAUGUUUUGAGAGAAGAGCUUAUUCUCCAAACAAAGAGUAAACUAGAUCCAAUAAGUUAGUCAAGAAGAUCUAUGCCAAACUUUGGUCGGUUCCUCCGUUUCAUCGACUGGAUAUGAAGGUAGACGAUAUGUCUCCACUUCAUCUCACGUUCCAGAAAUGAAGCUGAAAUAUCCUGGAUUCGAACGCCGCCAUUGUGUGGAUCUGGAACCAGGGUCCGUGCAGUAGCGAUCGUGGGGAUUGAGCUGCAGUCGUGGGGUUCUGCUGAUUCACCGUUUGACCAAUGGGUCAAUCUCCGCUUUUGUUCAUGAAAUUUUGCUUUGUUUUCACUCCACCAAAAAACAAAUUAAAACCAAACUUAAUGGAAAAAUGGACAUGUUAACAAACACCAGUGUGACAAGAACUACCGCAAACGGCGGGCACCAUCUUUGAGAAACUUGUUUUUUUUUUACUUUGGUCCAUGUCCCAUCCACUAACAUGGAGUAGGCAAGGUUUACGACCUGUAGUGCAGCCUGCCUCCUCUAGGAGGCCAUCAACACGCUUUGGCUUCACUUUUGGGGGAGCUGCCAUGUCGUCCAUCUUUAUGUACGGUCUCUGAUUCAAACUAAAGCUACAGUUAUUUGAAAUUACUUAUUUCCUGGAUUAUGAAAUUAAUUUGCGUGUUUAUAACUGAACCUUAAUGGUGAUCGGCAGAUUUAUUUAUUUUACUAUUAACCAGUUUCCAGUUAUUAUGCUAAGCUAACUGCUGCUGGCUGUAGAUUUACACAGAACAGAGAGAUGUUCGGUGUCUUGAUUCUAAAUCUU